AUGGCAUAUGCUACGACUACCUCUCCGGUUCUGGAUGCCGACUCUGAAUCCAACUUAAAACUUGCAACAUCUCUCCCUCCGCCGACUUCCCUACACCAUGUUGUCACUUCUCUACCCUCUGGACAACAACCUUCCAACAUUUUCCCUUCUGGGCAACCGCCCUCCAACGCGCCAUCUUUCACCUCGUCCCCUAUCUCUACCCCAACAUCAUCAUUCCCUGCUCCCGACACUCCAUAUGCUUUUACACCCGCUGGUACUCCAUUCCAAACUGCCAGCGAAGGACUCCGGGGCCGAGUAACCGGUCUAUCAUUACCCACACCAGGCCCUCUCGAGCUGGGUGAAUCAAUGAUGGCUAUUCCUGGCAAUGCGAGCCCUUCCAGCUUCAAUGAUCCAGCGGCCUCUUCAAAAGCGCCAGGCCUGAUGCGACGGAUCUCUCGCGGUGCUGCCAACAAACUUACCCGCAGGAGACAAUCCGCCACUCAGAAUGAAAAGCGCGAUCGAAGCACCGGCCCCAUCAUCAUGCGGCGCCGGAGUGACAGUAAAAAUGGACCUCAACCUGUCCGUGAUAGCGCGCUUGACUCUAGCAACGAGGAUGAGACCGGCGAAAGUUUGGAUAAUCUGGGCGCCUGGGGCGGCUCGGAGGCAUCCAGCCUUCGAAGCGAAAGCCGUAUGUCUGCUGCUCGUGAGGCCGGGCCUCCUGCUGCGGUUGUCAUCGCCCCCAAGGUAGACUCGGCCGUUCAGCGCGGUACCGUCCUCACAAAAGUUACCAAGAAGCGCAGAAAGCAAGUGCGCUUCUUUUUGGACCUUGAUGCUGCCAAGGUCUUCUGGGAUGUCUCCAAUCCUGCGAAGCGCUUCUACAUUGAUGACAUCAAGGAAAUCCGGGUCGGCCCCGAUGCUCGCAAUUAUCGGGAAGAGCAUCAGAUCCCGGAAGACCUGGAGCGCCGUUGGUUUACCAUUGUGAUCGCGGAUUCCGAUCGCUCCAAGGGCCGCACGGUCAAGACUCUACAUCUUAUUGCCCCCAGCGAUCGUAUUCUUGAUUUGUGGAUCACUACACUCGAACACAUCUCCCGCUACAGAAUUGGCCUCAUGGCUGGUCUCGCUGGUUCGACUCAAAGUGAAGCUGUUCUGCAGGCUCACUGGCAACGUGAAAUGUCAAGAUUAUUCCCUCAAGGACCUCCCCCAGCUGAAGAUCAAAGUCUUGAUUAUGCAGCCGUGGAGAAAGUAUGCCGCAGUCUGCAUAUCAACUGUUCCAAGAAUAUGCUUCGCGCACAAUUCACCAAGGCUGACUCUGCGCGAAACGGAAAACUGAAUUUUUCCGAGUUCAAAGAUUUCCUCAUGCGUUUGAAAGAACGCAAGGACAUUAAGGAUAUAUUUAAGCAUCACACUGCCAACACAAAAGAAGGAAUGAGCCAGGAUGAAUUCCUGACUUUCCUCCGUGAUGUGCAAAAUGAAGACGUUGACUCUGAUCGUGCUUAUUGGGCUGCACUAUUUGACAAGACUGUUCGACGAUCUACCAAAUCCCGAACCCCCUCCGCUGAAGGUUCUGAACUCAUUCCACCUGUGAUGCAUAUGAACCUGGAUUCUUUCUCCACGUUUUUGGCUUCGUCCAGCAAUGGGAUUUAUGCAUCACAUGCUCCACAGUCAAGAUUCGACCGCCCAUUGAACGAGUACUUCAUCUCCAGCUCCCACAAUACGUACCUUCUCGGCCGCCAGGUGGCUGGCGCCUCGAGCACCGAAGCCUACGUGAGCGCACUUCAACAAGGAUGCCGCUGCGUCGAGAUUGACUGUUGGGAUGGCGCGGAUGGACGCCCGAUUGUUUCCCAUGGCCGCACUUUGACCACCAGCGUCCUCUUUGCUGAUUGUAUCACUGUCAUCAACCGAUAUGCCUUUAUUUCAUGCGAUUUCCCUCUGAUUCUCUCUCUUGAAGUUCACUGCAAUCCGGAACAGCAAUUAGCGAUGGUCAAGAUCAUGAAGGAGACUUUCAAGGACCAGCUCAUCCUUGAACCCUUGAUGACGAACUGUCAUAUCCUUCCAUCGCCCGAGGAAUUAAAAGGUCGCAUCCUGGUCAAGGUCAAGACCUGUGAUGAGACCGAAUUCGAUCCUCGCCAGGACACAGUCAGCUCUGUUGGCACGCACGGCCGCAAGCGCAGUGCCAGUACGCCUUUCGUGCGACCAGCACCUUCGGAAUUGCCUCUUCCAUCCUUGUCCAGCCCCCCUACUAUUGGAUCUGUCGACGGCAUCGGUCCUCUGAUUUCACAGGAUAGAAGAUCCCUCACUGCGACGAGUAUGAGCAGCGCCACUGAGGACAGUGACGGGGCUCUGGUGUCCAUUCAGAAUGACAAGAAGAAGAAACGUCGCCAGAAAAGCAAGAUCACCAAGCCCUUAUCCGACUUGGGCGUUUACACCCGCGGCUACAAAUGGCACAGUUUCUCAUCCCCAGAGAGCAGGCGUUACAAUCACAUCUACUCAUUCGCCGAACGCUCUUUCGAGGGCAUUACCCAAAACCAUGAGAAUAAAGUUGCACUCGAGACACACAACCGCAAGUAUCUCACGCGUGUGUAUCCUUCCGGGUUCCGACUUCGUUCUUCCAACUUUGAUCCGAAUAAGUUUUGGCGCCGUGGUGUACAAAUGGCAGCGCUGAACUGGCAAACAUACGACAUUGGCAUGCAAAUGAAUCAGGCUAUGUUCGCGGCUGGCACCGAUCGCACCGGCUACAUCCUCAAGCCUGAAAGUCUUCGCCUACCUGCCAGUGAAGAUGGAACCCAGAAGCGCAAAACGGAGCGCAAAAUGGUUCGGUUCUCCGUCGAUGUCAUCUCUGCCCAACAGCUGCCGCGCCCUCGUACGAUUGGCCAGGAUGACAGCAUCAACCCUUACGUUGAGAUUGAGAUGUUCAGUGCGGAUGACCGUGGCCAAAGUUUCGUUCUUGGUGAGGGUGGUAUGGAUGCUUCGGCACGCAAUGGCAUGUCUGGAAUUGGUUACCCACACCGUCGGCGCACCAAAAUCGAGCAAAGCAAUGGCUACAGCCCUGUUUUCAACGACAAGUUCAAGCUGUCGCUGGAAACAAAAUAUCCCGACCUAGUCUUUGUUCGGUGGACUGUUUGGAGCUCACUGGACGGUCGCAGCGCUGGAAACAACAACAGCGUGCAGUUGGCCACCUUUACUGCCAAGCUUACUAGUCUAUCACAGGGCUACCGCUACCUGCCUCUGUACGAUAACAGUGGUGACCAGUACUUGUUCUCAACUCUCUUCUGCAAGAUCUUUAAAGAGGACCCUGUUCCUGUUCAGCGUUUGGACCUCGAAGAGCUCCGCGCUGAGCGUAUGGGAAUCUUCCGCCAGAUCGGCCAAACUGUCUUCAAGCGCUCUUCCUCGGCUGAACGUGACAGGGAUCAAGCGCAGGAUCGCAGUGAGCCCGUAAGCCCCGAAGACAGGGACUGCUCACCCAAUCUGACACCCACCGUGUCGACAACCUCCAACUCUUCAUUCUUGCAAUGA